UAGUGUAAACGGGGCUUUUCCCAAAAGCAGUUCUUUUAGGGCUGUUUACAUUUAGAUCAAGCACAGCUCUAUAUCCUAGCGACCUUGAUCGUUUUAGUGGAGCGACUCGUUUCAGGUUAUCCCAGUCGACUCUGAAAUGUUCUCAUAAAGUGGUACGGGUUGUAUCACUUGUAUGUAAAAUUUUGGCAUGACUCAAACAACUCAGACUACGUGAGAACAAGACCUUACAGAAAUAUCUGGCUGAAACUGCAUGCCGUUAACAAUUUUGAUGCAGACAAGCGGGGACAAACGGACAAGCACAUCACAACAGGUUCAUGUUGCAGUAAAUACGCCAGACUGUGUCAAAAGUUCAAAGUACAAAGAAUCAACAUCCGUUGCUAACAUCGGUUGCUAAUGGCUAAUCGUUGAACCUUUUAACGAGCGUGACAAUUUUUCCAUUAUUUUACUGUUGAUGAUAGUGCAGUUUUUCUUCAAAUAACAAGUUACAGGAAUAUCUACCAGGAAAAUAAGCUGGGCCAAAUUCAAAAAUACUUCACUCAUUUAAUAUCUCUUUUAGUUUCCAGCUAUACUAAAAACAACUUACUUUUUUGCUGUGUAGAAAAUGAGUGAGCCUUUUGAUAUGGUUUUUAAUUUUAUCAAAGUUUUCAACAAACUUUUAAAACAUAUGAUGAACACAAACAUUUUUGAAGACAGAAUAGUUUCUUAUUUCUAUGUUACAGCAUUAAUGUUACAUGUAAUGUUGCUUAUAAUCUCCCUAAAAUGUUAAACACAUUUUCAAUUUAUAUCUAGGUUUAAAAAAACAUCUUAAAGUACUCUCGCUUUACGUAAAUAUGGCCACUACGUCUUAUGAGAGAUGCACUUGGCUGAUCCGUACGUUGGUGGUAUUUAUUGUUGUGGGGUUUUUAACGAAUAUUUAUAUUCAAAAAAACACGUUCGUGUCACUAUCUGCUUCUAUAUCUGAAACAACGUCUAAUCACAAACCUGUAACAACAUCUUCUCAUAAAUCUGAAAUAACAUCUAACCCUGCAUCAAAUACAACAUCUGUUCCAUUAAAAUCUGGCAAAAUUGUUCUUUUGUUUUGGAGUAAGUUUUUUGGUAGCCCACCGACAAAAUUCGUAGGAGUGUGGCCGAAGGGUGACAAGAAAGGCAAAUGUCCUGUUUCCUGUGAGGUUACAGCUGACCAUGAGCGAGCUAAGGCAAAUGCAAUGAUUGUGCAUUCAAGAGAUCCAUUUCCUCUACCUCCAUUUAAACAUGUCCCCUGGAUCCUAACCGGUCUUGAAAAUCCUGUUUAUACUCCUGUGCUCUCUAACAGCAGCUAUAUGUCACAGUUUCAUUUGCUUAGAAGCUAUCGACUAAAUUCUGAUUUUCCAACACCCCUUUUUAAAAAGCCCAAUUUAAAUCCACCUGUUCCGUUUGAGAAUAAAACGGAUAGAAUAAUGGCUUGUUUUUCCAACUGCGAACCUGUGAGGACAGCGUAUUUAAGACAUCUCAUGAAACAUGUUCAUGUAGAUUCAUAUGGUGAAUGCUUAGGUAACAGAGAUGGUCUGAUAGCGCGCUAUGGACAUGACUAUAAAAAAGUAAAACAAAAUCUAGAAAGAUCAUACAAGUUUGUUAUUGUCUUCUUCAACCAAGAUUGUGAUUACUUUGUUGAUGACCAAAUUCAACAUGCACUAAACGCAGGCACAGUACCCGUAGUAAUGAGCACGGAUAAGAUUUAUGAAUUUUUGCCAGGAAAUCUUAAAAACGCCAUCAUUAAUGUGAGAGAUUUUAAGUCUCCGAAAGAAUUGGCGGAGCGACUUAAGUUUCUAAUGAAAAACAAGAUCGAGUACAACAAAUUCUUGGAAUGGAAAGUGAAAGGUUUAGGCCAUAUUACUGACACUGUGAUAGGUAGAUAUUGGGAAAGUAAAUUUAGACAAUGGUGUUAUGUAUGUUUGGCAGUAUCGAAGGGAAAAUUGCAUAAAGAAGGUCUUAAACCUGAAUUUUGUAAACGAAGAGAAUAUAAAGACUGGAGUGUUACACCUUAAUAUCCAUGGUCGACAUUACAGACUGGUGGAAAAAACUAAAAGAUUUUUAACUGAGAACAUGCAAGCACAUAAUGAUUAACAAAAACAUCAGAAAACUAUAAGUUGCUUUCCAGUGAAAUAUUUUUUUAAAGAAAUCAAAUUUGAUACACAAAAUAAUACAUGAGACACAUAAGAUUGGAUAUCUAAAUUUGGCGGAGAUAGUUUUCAGGGCCGUUAUAACAGUUGAAAAGGUAAGACCCAUAAAAGAGCCAGUUAUGUCGAAGUUAUGUAAAAAUUAUGAAGAUUAAUUUUCCCAUCUUUUUGUAUGUAUUCAAUAUCAUGUAUUUCAAUGUGGACGAACAAUUAUGAGAACUAAAGCAGACGAAA